AGGAGUUUUCUGUUCCCAACAAGGUGUGCUGACCAGCACUUCUGAAACCAACAAAAGUGAAAAACGAAUAAAAUUACUUUCGCGUGCAGUUUUGAUAAAGCUGCGACAGAAACAGUAUUAUCUUUCUGACAAAGUAAUCCAUUCUAACAGUAAUCCUAACUUCCUGAUCUUUAGUUUUAUUGGAUCAGGCGCUACCCCGUUCAAGGCUGCCAUAUACGCUACUGAUCUCCAUGUUGUCUGCUCAUGUAAAUCUUUUCUCGGCGGCGCUGGUGUACGGGCAGUCAUAAGCCAGUGACACCUGCUUAAUACAAGGUCGGUGAGCAUGAGUCGCUUUUAUAAUCUUGUUGUAAGCAGUUUGUCAUAUGUCUAAUCUCGAGCAUUUGUUUACAAACGUUUACUGCUCUUAAGUAAGUGGUUUUGCUGAUCAGUAAUUUAGAUAAUUAAAGCCGUUCGACCCGCACUGGGAAACGAUGGGCAUUAGACAGACCCGAAAUCCGGCUUUACAGAGAACUACUGGGGUGUCUUUACGCGGCAAUUAAACAGGAGCCACAUACCAAGAUGGCCGGCGUUUGAAGCCGCGUGUCUAUCGGGAUUUCUAGAAAGAGUCUUCAAAUUGUCACUGAUCCGGCUUCUUCAUCCAAUUGGUUCCUGUUCGAGUUUGACGCCAUUCUAGAAAUAUAUGGGAAAGAGCAGGACCCGGAUGUUGGGUUCGGCCUCGGUUGCAUCGAAUAAUGCAUGGAAGGAUUUAUUUAACUCGGAAUUGAACUUUGAUUUACAUUACUCUCAUACUGGUGCUAGUGUUUUUGCUAUUUGUACUUCCAGCAGCUCAUCACAGUUUCCUUGUCUCCGUCUUUAACGCGAGAAUACAUUCUCGACAUAAGGAGAACUGUUCACAUUUUUGUUGGGGAAAGAUUGCUAUUAUUUGCUGUCUCAUCAAAAUUUAUUAUUUAUUAGCUUUGCAUUUUCCGAAUCUUUGAUCGACAUUUCACGAUGCUGGAAUACUUUGCGUCUUCAGCUGUCGGUUUCAGUCAAGAGUCUUCACAGUAGGCUAGGAAAAGUGCACGAUUCCUUAAGGGCACCCGCUCUUCCUGUACUAAGUCAGAUUACGAUAAGUAUUUUACCCGGCAGUAAGACAAGUCUUGUAGUCAUCCGGAUCUGUCAAGAGUUACUGGCAUUACUAUUCAUUAGAUUCUUAAAAUAUUAAUGUCAAAUGAAAAAUAGCGAUUGUAUUAUGUUAAUCCCAGAGGAAACAACAAUGAACCUCGACAGGCUACCUAACUGUGCUCAAAAUUGAUUACAGCACUGAAAGAAACGAGAUCAAACACCUUCAAGCUAAGAUGAUGAGAGUUCCAUUUUAUUUCAUAAUUUAUCUGCAUAUUACGAUCUUACACCUGCACUGCUUUUUUAUGAAUCAGCCAUAAUUAAUUUUCAUGUCAUAAGUAAUUUAUCAAAAUGAGAACAAAAAAACAAGCAGUGAGGAGAAAAUGAAUCAGUAAAUAAAAUCCCUGCUGUGUUACAGUUUUUUUUUCGGCAUCUUCUGCAUCAAAAAUAGUUAUUCUAUUUGGUUGCUAAAUUAUUAUAUAUUGAUACUGUUCGCAGAUCGAGUUUUUUGAAUGCUGCGGCCUGAGUUAAUAUUGAGUCAUUCAAUGUAUGGGUUUCUUCAUAUGACCAGAUUAUGGAAAGAAAAUCACACAAGCCAUCUGCCCGUCGCCGCAUCAACAGAUUGUGUCAAGUUAUCAACUCAUCAGUUAAAACCGGAAUGGCUUGAAAUGUUGAGCGUAGCUAUUAGCACUCGCACCUUUUAAUAACAGUUUAUUGUCUUGCUUUUCAGUCGUUUGGAGAAAUUGAAAAAGUUCCCAAAAAAUCAGUUUGUGCUUUGUCAUGUAAAUGACUCGAAAAAGAUGCUACAAAUUGAGCUUGUGUUUUUACAUAAUCAUUCUAGAGAAUGAGUUAGUCGUCAGCACCGUGCUGAAAGGAACUUGAAUUUAUGUUCCCCGCUUUUAUUGUGAAGCGAGUCUUAUUGACUGAUAAUUCUACUUGUGGUUGGGAAACCAAACAAGAACAAAAGUCCCAUCAGUCGACAUCAUCAGCACGGUAAAACUUGAAAUAUGAAAUCUACAGUGGACAUUGUUCUUCUGCCUUUUUACAUUCUUAUUGUUAUGGCUGGGGUCUUGGGAAAUGCUCUAUUCAUCAUCGUGGUAAGGAAACAUCGUUCCAUGUACACAACUACUAACUUUCUGCUGACAAACGUUGCUGUCUCCGAUAUUAUUUCUCUGGUGUUUUGGGUGCCGGGUAUGGUUCUCCGUUUCUUUGAACACCCAAGUGGAAGCCUUGGUAGCUUUCUCUGCAAGUUUGUAACCAUGCAUCAUAUUGCCGGGAUCUCUUUGCUGGUUUCAGGUUUGACACUCACGCUUAUUUCAGCUGAAAGGUACAACGCUCUUCUUCAACCCGUGCAUUUGCAUUUGAAACUAGAAAAGCAGCGUGUUAUCAUUGCCAUUUGCCUUAUUUGGGGAUUUGCCAUCGCCUUUGUUUUGCCGUUGUUUAUUGAACAAAAUUAUGUGGAUGAGGUCCAGGCUUGUCACAUGGAUUGGAAAAGCAAUGCGUCUCGGGUAUAUUGGGCACUUUUAGCAACAAUAGUUGGUAUUUCACUUUCUAUAAUGACUUUCUGCUAUUUUCAAAUUGUGAAAGCUCUUUAUUUCGAGAACAUACUCCCACCUAACUGCAGCAGCUCAGAGCAGGAUAUUAAGGACAAACAAAAGAUCAUAACAAUUUUAAUAACAGUUACAGUUCUGUUCUUUGUAUGCUUUCUUCCUUUCAUAAUCGUCUCAGCAAUCAAUAUCUCAACCAAAAGCAUACCGUACAAAUUGUCAUAUUUUCUUGUUUACACUAGCUGUUGUGUAAAUCCAGUUGUCUGCAUAUUUCAAAGUGCAAAGUACAGAGCUGGUUUGAAAGAUCUGUGGAAGGGAAGGCCUGCUCAGAGACGACAAAGGUCUUUAGAGUCGUAAGUCUCCACUUUGUCGCAUUAAACGCGAUAUAAAUGGCUAGAAAUGGCUUUUACGUCGUUUACCUGACAAGAUUAUUUACAGCCCAUAUCCGUAGCUAUGCCAACGGUAGACCUUAAGUGUCACUUUAACGGCCGAUGUUGGUGGUUAUAUGAAUAUAAUCUGGUGUGCUGUUGUUUAACUAAGAGUUGUAUGAAUGCAUGUCAGAUAUAGGGCCGCUGGUUUGCUCUAAGUCGAUUUUAGGUUAUUAAGUGUAAACAUCUUACUUACAUAUUCAAAGAAUUUCAGUUAAUUGUAAAGGAAAUCGUUGUUGAACUGAUGAGUGAGACAUCCAUAGAAGUAUGUUCGAAUUGCCAAAAAAAAAAAAA